AUGUCAACCUACUCUACCAGUUCGCGUGAUGCUUCAAGGGACCGUGCUGAGUCUCGAAUGGUCAAGCAUCAACAUUCAUUCUCAGAGUCUGGCAGGAGCUCAGUGCCUAUGUGGGAUAGCUCAGAUCCCGAUAGAGCACCUCCACCACUUCCACUGAACCCAGGAGUUCCAGGAAGCCCUCUGACGAGAUCUAACACAUCGAAACGGAUCGACGAAGCCGCUGCUCUGAUUGCUGCGAGGGCACGAGAAAAUGCCCCCAGUGCCUACACCAGUAAUCCUCCCCCGACAUCGCCAGAUAGAAAUGUCAUACGAGCACAAAAUAGGCGAAUGCAAAACCUACAGAGCCCGGGAAUAAGCAGGCUGAGCGACUCUUUGGAAAGGCGAUCACCAGACAAAGGUCUUCGCACGGCAAAGUUCGUGGAUUUUGAGGAUUUCCCCAGCAGCAAAACAACGGAACGUAGUCCAACCAGACCCAGAUCAGAGACCCCAACACCCACUGAAAGGAGCUCUGCAAGAUCAAAAGAUAUAGAGAACACACCACCUCCAUCAAAUAUGCUAGCCUUACAGACCAUUAGAAAUCGGCAGGAUGCCACACCGCUAGGUGACAUCACGAAUGGAGCGUCGCCUUCGGUCCCGACGUCCUACUCAUUUGAUGCCCUGUCAAGUCAGAUCCUGAGCUUGACAUCGAUUGUCACAAAUGUUCAAAAAGAGAUGUCGAGUCUGAAUAAGAGAAGCAAAGAUAACUACGGCGACCUCAUGAGUCUCAAGGAGGCGACUACGGCAAGGGACGAAGACAUCCGCAAGAGCCUCAGAGAACUUAUAGCGGGUCUGGAAAGCAAGUUUACAAAUCUCGACUCUCGCUUACUUGCUGCUCCUCCAGAUGCCAGCAGAUCAACGCCCAACUUAGGGAUGUAUUUCGACGACAAAGCACAUAACGGCUCUCCACGACCCAAGAGUCUCGGGCUGCCGCGCAUUGGCAGUCCAUCUAGCUUCUCUGCUGCACUUGAUCGGGACUUGACGGCGUCUCCUUCCAUCACAUGUGUUGAUGGUGCUGCAAGCAUUGCCCUCCUCGAGAAAGUACUGAGGGAGAUGGCCACCCGCGAAGGACAAGACAAAAUCAUGAGCACUCUGGAAGCAGUAAAGUCACAAGCUCUUGUUCGAUCCCAAUCAGAUGCACCUAUUUCAACCGCCUUCGACCCUGCUAUGAUGUCGAAACUGGAGGAUAUCCUUGUGUUCAUGAAGGACAUGAAGGAGGAAUCCGGAUCACGUGCGCUGGUGCGAUCAAGCGCCAAUGAUGGUCACAAGGGCCCAUCAAACCUGGACCUCUAUCUUGAAGGUGAAUCAAAAGCAGCGGCUUUGGCCAAAGCAAAAUCCAGUACCGAAGGACGGGCUUCGAUGUUAGCCCCCGACUCGGCCAUUGACGAUGUUGUUGCGAUGUUAAAAAGUGUCAAGCAAUCAUUGGCCCAAGGAGGGGGUCUCACAAAUGAAGUGAAAGUACUGGUUCGGGAACUUCGAGGAGAAGUCCUGGGAAUGGGACGCGAGAUUGCAAAGAAACUGGAACAAACGACAGCGUCGACUAAAAGUGCUGGUGUCGAAGCUCAGGCAGCCACAAGCGACGAGGUCGGAAUGAUUGUGCAGCAAGGCCUCGCUGAACUUAAGGAACAUAUGCACCACAUUGUCCAAGAAAGCGGGAGACGGUCGGUAGAGCAGAAUCGUCCUGCAGUUGACACGCAAGAAGUCGUUCGGGCGGUCCGUGAAGUCCUUGCCGAACUACCUCAGCCUCGCGAACAGGCUAUACGAGACCCGGUUGCCGAACGGGAAGAAUUGCUCAUCGCCGUUAGAGAGGCCUGGGAGGAUUGCAAACCGGAAAUUGCUCUCGAGCAUUUUGGACUAGAACGAGACGAGAUUUUGGAGACGUUAAAAGAGGGUCUCAAAUCCUAUCAACCACAACAACCCACUGCAAAAGAUGCUGGCGCCACUUACGAAGACGUGCUCGAAGCUGUCAGAAAGGGACUCGCAGAUUUCGAACUUCCUCCGAUGCCAACACCAGCUGGAAUCACCCGGGAAGAUGUCUUGGCGGCUGUCUGCGAGGGCAUUAAGGAGAUCGAAUGGCCAGAUAUGACUGCGUCCCAGGGAACAAGCAUUGAUCUGACCAAAGACGAUGUCUUUGAAGCCGUUCGAGAAGGACUAGCGCAACAUGAGGCGGUUACCAGAGAUCAAAUCAGUGAUGCCAUCAAGGACAGCCUUUCUCAGCAGGAUCGCGUUGCCAAAGAGGUCGAAUUCAACCGCGAAGAUCUAUUUGACGCAAUCAAGGCUUGUCUGGAGGGCGAACAGAAUCCCCUUGGCGGAAUGGGAGAACGGGUCAUUGAGGCUAUGCAUGAGUUUCUCAGUAGCAUGAAGAAUGAGUUCCAGCAAUAUUCAGCCGCCAGCGGUAAGGACACGGAGCAGGUCCUCGAUGCUCUCAAGGACGGACUCGAAGACCUAAGGGCCGACAUAGAGAGCUAUGUCGACCGUGCUUCUGACGUUACUGGCAAGGACGAAAUCAUCGAAACGGUCAAGGCUGGAUUUGCCGCAAUGCAAGCAGAUCUAGACAAAGGUUUUGCAGCACGCGGCAGUGGGGCGCCGAACACACCUGAACUUCUGGACGCAAUGGAGAAAGAGUUUGAACACCUUCGUGAAACUAUCAACAAAAACAUGGCUAGGAACCAUGCUUUCUCCGAUAAGGAUGAGAUCCUCGACGCCAUUCGUGACAUAGCUGACGACCGACAAUCGACUCUCAGCAGCAACAGUGAAGACAUUGUGCGCCUAGUCAAGGAGGAAUUGGAGCAUAUGCGCACAGCUCUCGCUGGUGCACUCAUCAAGAGUGGCUCUUCACUUGACCGCGAUGAAGUUCUCGACGCCAUCCGGGAGGGACUUGGCUCAUCGCGUCAAAAGAUCGACGGGAAUGAAAGUAUCUUGUCCAAUACUAGUGAACUCCUUGACGCAUUUCAGGACGGAGUUGACGGUAUUCGAGCCGACAUCCAGAAAUUGACCGAUCGCCCAGUUGACCUCAGCGCAAGCUACGAAAUCCUUGAUGCGCUCAAGACAGGGAUUGAGGAUGUCCGAGCAGAUAUCUCGCGCCUUCAACAGAAGCAGGCUGAAGAAUCCGACACGGCAACGGCUCGGGGACAGGAGAUGGUGAUACACGACCAGAACCGCAUCACCACCGAAAUCGAAGGCUUAAAGGUGAUGAUCACACAAUUAAGAAUCAAAGUCGAAGCGCUAGAUGGAAUGCCUGGGCCACCGCCUCCUACGGAAACUCGAAUACACAAAGACGACAUGAAUGAGCUUCAAGAUGCCAUCCAGCAAGUUCAGGAGUCGGUCGACCGCAGCCAGACUGGCGAGACUCGGAUCCACAAAGAUGAUCUAGACGGUUUAUAUAGCGCCAUCGACCAUGUCACCAAUGCCGUCAGUCGAGUUCGAGAAGCAACCCCACCCGAACUGGUCUUACCGGAGAAUGCUGCAUCAAAAGAAGACACUGAAGCCAUCGAAACUCUCCUGAGAAAUAUCAAGGCUAGGAUUGACGAAACCUUUUCGCCAGAAUCUGAACCAUUGGCGAAAUCCAGACAGAUUGAUGCCUUGGAGUUCGCACUGAAGGAAAUGAAAGUAGCAGUCGACGAAGCGAGCGAGCGCGCUGCUGAACAAACCAACAAAGAAGACUUUACCUUGAUCGAACUGAUGUUGAAAGACGUCCAAAACAGCAUGGAUGAAUUCAAAUCUAAGCUGGAGGAUGCGAAGAGCGAACAGGUCGGUCUCGAGAAGUGUGACUUGGAAGUUGUUGAAUCCCUGUGCCUGGACAUCAAGAGCCAGAUUGAAAACAUCAAACCUCCAGAUCUCGCCUCUCUGCCUAGCAAGGAGGAUAUCACAGAUGUGAAGAAUGACCUCAAAUCAUUUCGGGAGCAAUUCGAGGCUGACAAUGGCCUCACUGCGCAAGCAUUUGAAGCCAGGAAAAUCGAACAUGGGGGCUUGGCCACAAAGAUUGACGAUGUCAAAAAUAUCAUCGGCGACCUGCGGGACGACCUCAUCGGUAAGGUGGAGGGAAGUGCAGAGGGAAUUGUUGAACUGAACAAAGUACUUGGAAUGCACCAUGACGAUAUGAGCAAGUACGCCACAGCAGCCAGCAUUGAAGAAAUGUCAACCAUGAUCAAGGGCGAACUUGAGCGGCACAUGGACCAUCAUUCCACCAUUAAAGCCGAGAUGGAAGAACGGGAUGCUACGCUAUUCACCAAGCACGAGGAGACGGGUGCCGAACUCAAAUCUGUCAUUGAGGACAAAUUCAAUGCUCUAAUGACCAAGUACGACGACGCUCAGCUUGCUAGCGACGCCAAAUUGAGUUCUCUGGAGGAGCGAGACAGCGCACAUCUAGAAGCCACGAACAGUACGAAGGCGGUUGUCGACGAUCUCAAAUCGCUCAUGGACACUUUAGGGACCACAGUUACGGAGACCUGUGAACGUAUCUCCGAAGAUUCGAAAACCGUCUUUGGUUCGAUCGAAGAGACUAAUUCGAAGGUGGACAACCUUCACACCGUCAAUGCCUUCGAACAUGGUGUGACUCGGGAGGAGGUAGCAAAGACAUUAGCGGCAGCAACAAGGGUAGAAGGCAGUCUCUUAGACCACCAGCCUGCAUUACUGUCUGCCAUUCGCGAAGUGCUUGGAGUGGUAACCCAGCACUACGAGCAUUCGCAGCAGCAAACCGAGAGCUUUGCACGAGCAACAGAGGAGAUCAAAUCUGGGGUGGACUCCAUUCCAGCAGCUAUUCCACCCUUGUUACCAGCCUUGCCUGCUGCUGAGCCGGUCAGAGAAUUACCCGCCCAAAAGGAAUACGACGACAGCGAGCUGCAUGACAAAUUAGACACACUGCUCUCUCGUGCCGACUCUGCGAAGGGUAUCAGCGAGCUCCAUGGCAAGUUAGACAACCUGCUGUCUCGAACGACUUCGACCAAGGAGGUCAGCGAGGUGCAUGACAAGUUAGACACCCUGCUGUCCCAUGCCAACUCGGCGAAGGACACUAGUGAGGUGCAUGACAAGUUGGAUAUCCUUGUUUCCCAUGCGAAUGCUGCGAAAGAGAUGUAUGCAGGGCUAGAGGACCAUGAGAAGGAGACUCGAGACUCCCUAGCCAACCUCUUGAAACUUGACGAGAUCCACCAACAAGUCAUGUCAACAGCUGCUGAGAUCGCAAGUAUGGUGACCACACAGGCAAGGCUAAUGGGGGAGCACCAUGACUCGAAAGUUGCUGAGGCGACGGAGGCGGCGAUUGCUUUGGAGAAGAGAACGGCGCAGAAGGAGAAAGUCGAGGCUGAUAUUGUUACCCUGAAUCAAGAGAAGAAUUCUCUUCUGGAGUCCAUGGCAACAUUGAGGCGAGAACAAGAACAGCUCAUUGGACAGACAAAGAAGUUGACUCGAGAUGUGGCGAAGCUUGAGACUGCGCUGCAAAUCCGUCAAGACGAAAUGCGUGAGAUGAACGCAAGAGCAGAGGUCCUCGAGCGUCGCAUUCUUGAAGGCCUUGUAAACCAGGCUCGAACGGUCAAGACAUCCUCCAAGGCUAUCAACAGAUCCAAAAUCAGUCCGGCCGAACGCGAUGCAUCCAUGAGCCUCAAGCGUGUCCCAAGCACCACAAGUACGGCCACAGCCAGAACUUCCAUCAAAGGGGGAAACUCAGCGAUUGGCAGUGCCAUUAGUACAGCCUUGAAAAAGAGAACGCCCCUAACCUCCAACGCCAAGGCCGCGUCAACUCCAAGAACAUCCGCUGUUGAUCGGCGAAUUCUCAGCACCAGCCAUGUCACCGGCAACCGUGGUCGCAAUACGCCUGAUAUGGCAUUGAUGCUUGCCCCUGUGCCCAAAUCGACAGGCCUUGUCAGUCUCAAACGAAGCCAGUCAGUGAAAAGCAACCCUAGCAGUUAUCUCAACGGACGGAAGGCCAGUUGGAAUGGUGCUCCAACGGAGUUGACGGACAAGGAGAAUUUUGACGUUGGCCACGAUGAGAGUGAUGACGACAACCAUAGCGAAGCAAGCACCGAAAGGAGGACCAGCUAUGGGACGAGCGUCAUGUACACUGACAGCAUGACGUAUGGCACUGGAAGCACCUUGAGUGGCGACAGCAGGCGGUCGGCGAGCUGUGACAGCAGUAUUGUCGGUACGGUGAACGGACACACUGAUAGCAUCGCCGAGGAGGAUGAGGAACAGGAGAUGGACGAGAAUACACAAACCGCUAUGGUACUGCACAGCGGUCGAGGCGACGACCAUCAAGGCAAUGCAGCUGAAGAGAGCUCGAUGGCUCUAACCACGCUGGAGAGAGGGCAGAGUCCCAAUCUCGAAGCAGAAACAAUGUCGGAUCUCCAGCCCCCGCCUGCUAUAACCGAGGAAGGGAUGAAGUAUCACGGUAGCGACAGCGGACUUGGUACUGAGCCAUUGACGGCAGGGGCAGAGAGCCAUAACGAAUACUUCCAGAUGACGGCGUAG